AUGCCGGUCAUUAACAUGGACGAGCUGACGGACAAGGACAAGGCUGUAAUGGAAGUCGACCAACUUAAGCGUGAAGUGAAACUUGAGAGGUGGUUGACGUCAAAAUGCUGUGAAGAGGUGAAGGACUACAUUCAGGCUGGAGAGGAGGAGGACACUCUUGUCAAAGGCAUUUCAGAGGAGAAGAACCCCUUCAAGGAGAAAGGCGGCUGUGUCGUCUGCUAG